CAUCCUACAAACGUACAAGAGAUUAGUGUGAUACUGAUUAGAGGUUAAGAAGAUAGAAACACAAGAUAGUCGAAUGUGAGAAGAGUAUGGAGCUCCGUCUACGUUUAGAGAAGAUUUAUACAUACCCAAUGUUUAUUGCCAUUAUUUUGGUGCGAAAGAUGUCAAAUGAUUCGUAAAUCUGUGCUCUAGGACAAGUCUUACAUUAUUGUCGUCUGUUUGGGAACGAGCUUAAUAUUGUUAUUCCAGAAACAUAAUAUGCACUAUGCAUUAAUAGUAUGUGUACAAUAACAAUAUAUGUGUAAUAGUGUAUACUAAUAUAAAAAUUUGUUUUUAACGAGAAGAUAUAGAUAUAUACAGACAAAUCAUACGAACUUUCCUGGCAUUGGUUACUAUCUGAUAUUGAAAGUUCACUGGAUAAAACUCCAUGGGAUUAACUGGUGUUGUUAUUCCUAAAACGUAUAGUAUACAUAUGUAUAGAUAAUAUAUGUAUAAUAGGGCUAUACGUAUGAUGAUAUAUACUACUAUAAAAAUCUGUUUUCAACGAGGAGAUUUGUAGUAGAUGCAUAAUAUUAUAUGCAUAUAGAAGGAUCAUAUGAAUUUUCCUCAUAUCAAUUGCUAUUUAGUAUUGAGGAUUAACUGGAUGGGACGCGGAAACCGUAUACUUGCGGCCCGCCGGAGGUGCAUCGUGAUUAUGUGACAGUUUUGUGAACGUGAUUAAAUUGACCUCGAUACAUUGUGGACAUCCGUGCGGUGCGUUUAAUUCCGAACUGUGUUUUCGCUGCUUUCCACUCAAUUCAUCGUUUUCGAUGAUACCUACGAAUUUAUAAAAAAAAAAAAAAGAAAAAGCGAUGUUUCGUGUAAAACCUGAUUAGAUCUGGAAGAAAUCAUCGUUUCGAGUUGGAGGAAAAAGAAAGAGAUUAUAUCUUUUUCUUUUCUUAUCGAGAAGACGAUCGAUGGUCAGCGUGUACGGUGUGCAGCUCGCAUUUUAUCGUGGACAUCGUCGCAGUGACAGCAGGGGCUCUUUGGUGAUGUACGACAGCGCUAGCUGUUCGUACGCAGGUGCGCUCGAAUUAAAGGGAGCCUCCGGGGCCGGAGCCGCGGCCGCGGCCGCAGGAGUAACCGCGGCCGGUGUUAAGCAGGAGAAUUGGCCGUACCGUGGCUUGACCUGCGGUAGCACCUUCCAGAGGCUCAAGGAGAGCGUCGACAAAGCGAAACAGGCGCUCGCCGAUCGCGGUGGAUAUCUAUCCGGUGCUUUCUCGCCACCACCACGUGCCAAUCCAUCCGCCAUUUCACCAACCGCGUCUAUCACCGAUGCUAGCAGCUCGUACAAAGGAGGCUGGAGCCACGCCACGUCGCCAGCUCCUGGACAGGGAUACGGAAGCAGCUUAUCCAAGUCAGCACUGGACACGCACACCCACCUCAGGCAGCCUGAUCCCUAUCAAAUGUUCGGAGCGACGAGCAGUCGGCUCGCGAGCUCCGGUUCCGGUCAGAUUCAGCUCUGGCAAUUUUUACUCGAGCUACUGUCAGAUUCGAGCAACGCCGCGUGCAUUACGUGGGAAGGAACCAACGGCGAAUUUAAGUUGACUGACCCUGACGAGGUGGCGAGACGUUGGGGCGAAAGGAAGUCCAAGCCUAAUAUGAAUUAUGACAAAUUGUCGAGGGCUUUGAGGUACUACUACGACAAGAACAUCAUGACGAAGGUCCACGGGAAGAGGUACGCGUACAAGUUUGACUUCCAGGGCCUGGCGGCAGCGACGCAGCCCGCGGCUGCGGACCCAGCCGCAUAUAAAUACCAAAGCGAGUUGUUUAUGUCCGGUUACGGGCACGCGAAGUUGAACCUUAUGCCGCCACCGGCCGCCUCCGUGUCGGUCUCCGUUCCAGGCGGCCUUUUCCAAUCGGCCUCCAGCUACUGGUCCACGAGUCCGGGUGCAAACCUGUAUGCGGGACACCAUACGGCCUCUGGCCAUGUGCCGCCUCAUCUGGGCACCUAUCCGCACUACGCAUGACCCACCGCCGAGCACUGGGGCGCCCUGGGUACGCCACGUUAACAAGUUUCUACUCGAGGGAAUUUAACCGACCGCCGCCAUCGCGGUCUACGUGUGCCGUCGGUCCGUGGAUCCCGCAAAUAGACCACACCUUUUGCGAUUGCACUAUCUUGCUGUAGUGGUUGGUGAUGUCGUUUUCUCUGUCCUCUUGCAAUUUUUAUUUCUUUGAUAAAUAUUUAUAUCCUUCUUUGAUUCCAUUGAAUUAUUAAUUUUCUCAUUGCCUUUGCUUGGCCAGAAAGUGGAUGAUGAAGUGAAUGGAGAAAUCUUAAAGUAUUAAUGUAACCUGUGGAAUUUUAGACAAAUAUUAAUUUUAUGAUUUUAUAUAACAUGUAGACAAGACAUGUGCAACGUGUAUUAGGGAAUUGGAAAGGUAUGUAUAUGAAUAAUUAUGUUUCGGUAUCUGGGCAGAUAUCGCGUGUACAGAUAUUAGAGAAUAUUAUAUGUGUAUUAAUAUGUGCAUAAGAAUACGUGUGUAUUUACAUAUUCAGAUAGUUUAAUUCGUGUAUGUUUUAAUACAUGAACGUUCUAGCGUCUAAUUUUUUGAAGAAAUCACUGUCUCAACGAUUAUGUAUUAUAUUACAGUGUAUCUAAGAAAUACAGCGACUAAGUAAUGACAUACACGACGAGAUUAUAUUUUUAGAAAUCUCUAGGUUACAGAUAACAUUGACAAUUUUUUCUCUGAAGAUCUAGUUCUCUUGGAGGACGGAUCUCUCUGAACAAUCUUCUCUUUCGGCAUAUAUAAUAUCCUAAUAUAAUAUUCUAAUAUAUAUUCUAUCUUAACGCACGUUAAUUAAAAAAAUAACGCGAAUUAAACUACAAAUACGUUAAUACAUAUAGCGUACAUAUAUUUAAAUAAAUAUGAAACGCAGACCUCUAUCGGAAAUUAGCUAUUUCAUAAUAACAAUAGAAAUUUUGCAUUGAAAAUUGGCAAUUUUCAUAGUAAAAUCAUGACAAGAAAAUCCUGAUACAAAGUGAGAGUCGUUCCAAACUCGUAGAUUCCUUGAACACGCGUCGAGAAGCAUGUAAAACACUGUUUAUUAUAAUAUUGUCCCUUGCGUGACCACUGGACAAUGCAAAUAUUCAGUGACAUUGCCUCAAAACUGAAUGGUUUUGUUCGUGGAUUUGAUAGAAGAGAAUCCAUCCCUACUUGAGCAUGAUCGUUGUUCCCUGAAAAAUAGAACAACGUUGAAAUCUUUAUCUUUCGUUCUAAUCUUUCCUAAGUUUAUUACUACUGAAAGAUAAAAUUAUAAUUUUACGCAAAACAAUGUUUGAAAACUAUGAUUUUACUAUCAAAUAAAAUACUCGCUCACGGUUUAAAUAAUCUACUCCAGUUAAUAUUUAAGUCAUGAAACUUUCCGUUUCAUCCGACAUCAAAGUGCACGUGGACAGAUUAAACGAUCAAACUAAUCAACAAUAUCAUAGUCGCUGUCACGACCAGCCGAUCUGGUUCCUUAGCAGCAAACAGCGACCAAUUUAAAUUACUGACGCGAAACUGACGAUCACGCGAGACCACUCUGCCCCCAAAAGCUUUCGUUCACGACCAACGGUGCACUCGAAUUAUUGUAAGAACGUUGUACAUACAAUAUAAUGGAUUACGUAAGUACAGGGUACGUUCACAAGACGAUUCUCGUCAGUCGUUUUAUCUCGACGAUAUCCAGUACCAUCAUUGGCAGUAAAGUUUGUAUAAUACUAUGGAAAUAUAAUUUAUAUCUGAAUUAUUCAAAUUUCAUUCCUGAACACAAAGAAUUUUCGUUUUCUAUCAUCUAUCUAAUUUUGCUAAAAGUUAUUACGAAUAAAACAUAGUUCAAUUCCAUUGUAGAUUUUACGAGAAUUAGAAACACAUUAGACCACUCAAAGCAUCCAUUGUUUGAUGCAUAAGUUUUUCAAUCAUUAUUCAUAACUUACUGUUGCCAUUAUUUAAUAUUAUUUAAUAAAAUUUCCAAUUCAUUAGAAUUAUCAUUAUUUAAAAUAUAUAACUGUGAAUUAAUAUCUGUGGAAAGAUUCUACGUUAUAUAUUCUAAAUAAUAGUAAUCGUUAGUAAUUUUUAUCAUUUGAAAUCUUAGUACGUAGUUAAUUUUCUAAUAUUAAGAUCCAAGUAGCAGCUUUCCAAUGUAAUUCAAAUGAAUUGUAAUUUUUCACUCGAAACAUUGAAUUCUAGAAUCUUUGAUUCGUUUUCAACAAUCGUGCAUGAUAACGCCGCGAUGAACCGCGUGUCGAGAAUUAUCCUGUCCGAAAGGACGUCGCCUUGUACGCGAAUAACUAACCGGCGUACUUCCGCAGAGAAACGUCGGUGUUUCCGACUGGAUGGAAUCGAACAUGCGCAUUUUAACGAGGAAUAUCUCAGUACAGAUGCACGAUCGAGCAAUUUCGAGAACGGUUCGUCGAAUCAACGAUGAUGACAAUGAACCACAUGCGAGCAUCAUGAUGGUCGACGAUAAUCGAACAUCCAAAUAAGCUUGAUCGAUCUUAGUGAGAAAUGUUUACAUGUUCGAUUCGGGUCAAGAGCAAUGCGUGUAUUAUAAACUCUUUUAACUUAUUUGUUACAUAACAAAAAUGUAGAUAGAGGAACCGCAUGUCGUCGUUCAGAAGAAAAAUUCAUCGCGAGUUACGUUGCUCGCGUUGUUGGCGCGGGUUCAAAGGACACGCCGCGUUCAUUCAGCGACCAAACACUAUACAUGUAUAUGUGUAAUAGAACUUCAUUUAUCUGAACUUCAUUUAGUCGAACGAGAUUAUAAUUAAAAUCUUCUUUGCUAUUUAAACGUGAAUUCUAAUUACUUAAGUGAGAAAGAAUAAGUUAGUAGAGAAUCAGUAAACUUCUAUCGCCUAAUACAAUAAGAGAGAAAGAUCUAAGAUCUUAGGAGCCUACAGUUAAAUAGUCGAUAUAACGAGAGUCUAAAAUUUUAUUUAAUCGAUGUAGAUUUUAAAAUCAAUUUCAUCGAUAUAAACAUAAAGCUUGCUGGACAAAAGAUAUUCGAUGUCUUCCUUCUAUCUCAAUGGAAGACUCGUAUCUUAAGAAUCACAGAUCAAUAUUUUUAAAUAUUUCUUCACUGUCUUAGAUCGAACGACAUUUUCUACUCGUAGUGAUAAGUUAAUAAGUAGAGUAAACUCCUAAUCGCUCUCAGGUUCAGAUAAAUAAAGUUCUAUCAUUACAAGCUUUCCUUCUCGCGAUCUUUGUGCGAUCACGAUUUCACAACGAAGUACGACGCGUGUUUCAGUGCCGUGGAAAAGACUAAACCGCGAGCGACCAACGAAAUUUCUACGAGGAUCGUGUGCAACUGUGAAGUCUCAUUUCUAAUCCACCCGGUGUAGUAGAUAUGUAUAGAAAUAUGUUUCUCUUGAUCCUAGGAUGACUCCUCUGAGAUUAUUUAUUUCUAAUGGUGAUAAUGGUAAUCACAAAUAUUUAUCAAAAUGAAUAUUUUCAAAAAAUAACAUUCUAAACAGACAUACGUUCACACAAUCCCUGUAAAAGUGAGAAAUUUAAACGUUUUUCCAAGAUUUACAGAAUCAAUGGUUACGAACCAAGUACAUAACGGUUUACUCACAUAUAUUGAAAAUUAACUUCCUCAAGGACAGAGAAUUAUUGAAAACCAAUAUUCCUAGCUCUUCCGGAGUUCAUUUUCCUCGAAAAUCUCUGCAUUACUAACGUCAAUGAUAACAUACAAUCAGUGUCGAUCUCAGAAGUGAUUCCAGAAUCAGCAUAACGUGUUGUUCUUUACCACGAGCCAAACGCUAUUAGAGAAACCAUUAAACGAGCGACAAAUCCCGGGAGAACACAGCACAUCCAUCAAUCCAACGGAAGCUCGAGUCGCAAUUAUCGAGAUUGAUAAAGUACAACGUUGAGUCAUAUCAGAACCGAACGUACGAAAUCCCGAGCCGUGCUCACCACGUCGACUCUCACCGAUCAAUCGAGAGAUGCGGUCGCUCUAUCUAUGUACAAAACAUAGGGGUAAGUCUCCAAUGUACGCAAAUCGUGGGUCCUUAGCCAGCAAAACUAAUAAAACUGAAUAAAACGAAUAAGAUGAAUAAAUUAAAGAAAACAGGUACAACAAGGAAAGAAAAUAAA